AUGCUCGACUCUUUUGAUCCAAUUUCAAAACAGCUGCACUUGAUGAGCUCUAUAAUCGAGUUUGAGGACGCCGAAUUGGCAUUGUUUCUAAAUAGAUGUCAUGUUAUGCCUUACUAUGCGCUCAGCUGGAUUCUGACGUGGUACAGCCAUGACUUUGUACGGUUUGACAAGGUUGCAAGGCUUUUUGAUCUUUUCAUUGCCAGUCCGCCCUUGAUGCCUGUGUAUUGUGCAAGUGCUGUUAUCCUUUUACGGCGUUCCGAGAUUCUUGCAUCAGAACCAGAUUUACUGCAUUCAGUCAUUCGUCAUAUACCCCAAGAUAUCGAUAUUGAACGUGUCAUCCAGCUUGCUCUACAACUUGCAAAUCGCUAUCCUGCUUUAAAUCUUCAAAAGCGAACCGGGAUAUGGCUCCACGAUGGAUCUCCGGUGAAUACAUGGGACCAUGAAUGGAAAAAUCUUAGUUGGAAUGAUGUACCCGAUACAAUCCAGGCGGAUCGCUAUUUGAGCGAGCCAAUACUUAAGGAACAAUGGGAUGAUGAAUAA